GGCAGUAAUUUUACGUUUUCUUAGGUCUCAGCUUUUUCAACCUUAACUGCUAAAACCUUCAGAAAAGAUGUCAGCGAUCGAAGAGGAGCAUGUACGUGGUGGCGGAAUUUUUAAGGACAUAAGUGCAGACGACGAUGAGAUGCAACCAACAGUUCUAGAGAGUUUGUGUAUGAACUGUUAUCAGAAUGGAACGACGCGUCUUCUGCUCACGAAAAUUCCUUUCUUCAAAGAGAUUAUCAUCAGUUCCUUCACGUGUGCCAACUGUCACUGGUCUAAUACCGAAAUACAGUCCGCCGGCCGCAUACAAGAACAGGGCGUCACUUACUCCCUACGAGUCAAGUCAAAAGAGGAUAUGAAUCGUGAGGUAGUGAAGGCUGACAGUGCAACUGUCAGAAUACCGGAGUUGGACUUUGAAAUCCCUGCCUUUACACAGAAGGGCUCAUUGUCAACUAUUGAAGGCCUCAUUGACAGAGCAGUGGCAGGUUUGGAACAAGACCAACCAAUAAGAAGGGCUACUGAUCCUGCUGUCGCAGAAAAAAUAGAGGAAUUCAUUGAGAAAUUGAAAAAACUGAAAGACGUCAAAGAAGAGUUUACAUUGAUUAUUGAUGAUCCCUCUGGGAACAGUUUUGUAGAAAAUCCACAUGCACCUCAGAAAGAUGUAGCACUGUCUGUAAGCCAUUACAAAAGGACCGCUCAGCAGAAUGCUACACUAGGAAUAGAGGAUGAACAGACUGGCGAGGAGGACAAAGAAAAAUCCGGCGAUGAUAUAGAUACCAUGAGAAAUGAGGUAUUGGUGUUUGACACAAACUGUCCGGAAUGUAACGCCCCGGCUUCUACGAACAUGAAGCUUGUCCAAAUCCCGCAUUUCAAGGAAGUCAUUAUCAUGGCCACCAACUGCGACAGCUGUGGGCAUCGGACCAAUGAGGUCAAAUCAGGAGGGGCCACUGAGGAGCAGGGCACAAGAAUAACUCUUCAUAUUACCGAUCCCUCAGACAUGUCGAGAGACUUGCUCAAGUCAGAGACGUGUCAAGUGCUGAUUCCUGAGCUGGAGUUUGAGCUGGGGAUGGCGGCACUGGGGGGAAAGUUCACCACUCUAGAGGGACUUCUCAAAGACAUCAAAGAUCUGAUUGUUUCCAAAAACCCCUUCACUUGCGGGGACAGUUCCACCUCUGAGAGAACUGAGAAACUGCAGCUCUUCGGGAAAAAGCUUGAUCAGCUUAUGGCAGGCGAAAUAGAUGCCCAUAUUAUUCUUGAUGAUCCAGCUGGGAACAGUUAUCUCCAAAAUGUAUAUGCCCCUGACCCUGAUCCAGAGAUGAAGAUCGAGAAGUACACGAGAACAUUCGAGCAAAACGAAGAAUUGGGAUUAAAUGACAUGAAAACAGAAGGGUACGAAAAUAGUUAACGUGAAAAAUGUGGAUGACUGACAGGGAACCUGUUUAAAAACAUGAUACCUUUAAGUUGCUCUGAUACAAGUGUGAGUGAUCAAGAUGUCUGUGUCAGGGAUCGCAGUCAUUCAAAUAAUUAGUUUCUUUCAUUUACAUAAGGUUUUGAAUGGUUCAACACUUGAACCAUGGAUGUAUAUAAGUUGUGAGUAUAAUUACAAUACAGUGACGUGGACACAGCAGAUUGCUGUUCAGACUGA